AACUAAAAUAAUAAUAUAAAGUAAAGGAAACUUACAGAAAAAAAAUGGAUAGCAUCACGCAAUAUCCACAACCGCAAGUGUCGCUUUCCUCGCGCAACCGACCACGGUGGGAGUCCAACGUGGCCUCGGUGGAUUCUAAGCUUUUGGAACCGGAAAUGAACGAUUUGCAGAGCAAAUCCUUAUCCACCCAAGUGCACUUCCAGAUGCACCACAACCUAAAGGAAGUCACACGGGCGGAUACCAGGAAGGUGUUCACCAACAUCGUUUCCGAUAUGUUCGACCAGAUGCGCGGCAUUUGCCAAAUCUCCGAGUCGGAGUGCUCGGUGCACGACGCCUUGAAGGAGUCGCUGAGCAUGGACCCCCGCCUUAAGCGCUGGUACGACACCCUCCAGAAUCGUGCCGCUGUCCAAGCAAAGAUCGCCCGCCAGGUGGGUCGCCGGCCCGACGAGAUGCUCAUCAAUCUGCCCACCACGGUGGCGCAACGGGACCGGGGCACCGUGGAGCGACUGCUGGACAUGGCCGGCCGCAUGAAUCCCACGGUCCUGGCUAGUAAGCAGCCAGCCGUCCUGCCAGCGCAUCCCGUCUGCGUUGAGCAGGAGUGGAAGUGUCUGCCAGAGAUCCAGGAGACUCUGCCGCGUGCCGAACGGUUUGGGGAGGUGGAAGUCGAGGUCAGUGGGUUGACGAAUGCCACCAAGGGCGAGAUCAUGGGACGGACCCUGCAGGCGCCCGAGAACCGGACCCAGUGGCUCCAGUCCAAGGUGCUGGACGACCGGAUAGAGCAGCAGGACGAAGACAUCAAGCGCGUCCUGCAGUUCUAUCCGGAAGUCGACAGCCUGGAGGUGGUGGGAGCCGGUUGGCAAGAAAAGCUCAAUGAAACUUCCAGAAACCUUAAGCAAAUCGAGCGAGUUUCCGCCGAGUCUAUGGUAUCUAUAAGCGACACCACUGUAGGUGGGUCCGAGCAGGAGGAAGAUGAAGGGGGUCAGAUCGUGGAUGCUACGUCUAACUUGGAUCGAAAUCUAGAUCCGGACGCGGAGCUCCAGAAACGUCCCGCCGCUAGGAUCAAUGGGAUAAUGUUCUAUGCAGGCAUCCGAUGCUCUACGCCUGAGGUGGGGCACACCUACUUCGAAUGCCACCCGUACGAGAACGUGGUACGGGAGGUGCUGGUCUUGGAGAACGUGGGCUGCCAUAUAAUCACCUGCCAGUGGAUCCCCUACGACCCCCGGCGCGGAGCCAAGGGCUCGGGGGUGCAUCUGGAAUACUUUCUCAUGUCGCGCUCCAUGUUCGUCGUCUUCCCCGGCGAGAAGUUCGUCUGCCGCGCGCUCUUCCGGCCGCGGGGCUGCGCGCUGGUCAAGCUGCGUUUGGAGCUGCGCGUCUACCCCCACAUCCUGGGCUCCUCGCGUAGCCACAUCGUGAUCCGGCUGACGGGCAGGUGCGUCCCGCCGCCGGAAUACACGGCCAAGCUGCAACGUCAGUUGAACUUCGUGAUGGACAAGGCCAAGCAGCGGAUUACCAAAGACUUGGCACAGCACCAAGCCUCGCUGGUGCCUCUGCUGAAGCCGCACGAGGUGCUGUGUCCCUACGAGCGCAUCUUCGACGAACGCGAGGUGUUCAACGCCGAGAACCCGAGCUACCAUUGCCAGAGGUUCGACGACCUGGAGGCCCUUAAGGCGCUGUACCACGAGGUGAAGAAGCCUCGGGAGCCCGCCUGGGACCUGCGACUGGAGACGAUCCAUGGGGCGAUCCUGCGGCACCCUGAGGCCAUUCAGAGGCGGAUCCAAUUCGCAAAGUUCAUCUCGAUCCAAGAGGCGAUGAAGCCGGGCGCAGACACCAGGCGUCCGGAUCCCUUUGAUCAUAACGAGGAGCGGGACCGCUCCAGAUUCAUCUACGUGCGGGGUUGCAUUGGUAACGGCAUCCAGGAGUGGGAGGAAUUGAUGGCCUCGAUGGAGCUGAGUGCCCUCAGGUCGGAGAUGACCCGCUAUCAGGCAGCGCAGCGAGAUGUGAAGGAGAAAAAUGGAGUCGACGUUGCUGAAGACCCGGAGCCGAAGCCCUGGAUGCGAAAGCUUCGCCACGAGAAUUUGACUCUGUAUCUGCUUAAGAAGCUGCGCUCCCGGAAGCCCUACAAGGAUGCACUCUACAUGCAGACCUACUCGCAGCUCUGCGACCUGGCCGAGGACGUGGUCUCCAUUAUCGAGAGCACCCAGUAUGUCUGAGUCUGUCUCUUCUCGGAGCACACACAGUGCCCAGUCCAAAUUCGAUGUGAAAAUACGGGACGAAAUUCGCCCUGGGGAGGUCGUCUAUUGAUUCAGAAAUCUAUUAGCCAGGGAGAAGGGAGGGUGUGGAGAACUAUUUCCUUGUCCGGGGACACACCUGUGCCCCGGAUGUGGCGCUAACUUUUCCCAUUACCACGGCCCUUUAUGGGCCAACGAAAUUGCCCAUUUGCCAGGACAGCCUGCCCCCGCCGUCCGGCCUAAUGGCGCGCAAAUGUCGGAAAACUUGGAGCAGGCGGAAAAGUUUCGGUGCCGACUUCGAUUCCUGCUAGUUUGCAUUGAUUUGAUGACACUUUGGGGUUAUUUUAUUUCACUAAUAAACGCCCCGCAUAUCCUGCCCAGA